ACUCUGGCCCUUCUGUCUUACCUGCACUAGUUUCAACACGCUGCAGCUCCAGAGUCACAGAAAGCCAAGAAAACCUCCGGAAUGCCCUUGGGAUACAGCUGCUGAGCAGCUUUCACUGGUUCAACUAACCUACAGGAUGUCUAAAGCCUCCCGGCUUGCUCGGCCCUCCUCAGCCGGAGCCGGAUCCAAGCUUCCCUCCCCGAGGAAGGAAUGCCCUGGCACAGUCGGCAUGGCUGGCCGUGCCCGUGUACUGAGUGUGGGGGAGAAGCUAAUGAGGGCCGGUAACGACGGUGCCCUGAACAGACAGAAACCCUUAACAGGAGCUAUGGCACAAGACAAACCACAAAGUGAGAACCAGACUGAGACUCGAGGCCCUUCCCAGAGUCCAGGUGAGAAGGACCAGAAUGUGGAGAUGGUAUCUUCCAAGAGCAGGAUCAGCCCACCUAAAGUUUCAAGUCAGCAGCAUGGCUCAGUGCAAAAACAAACCAAAAGCAACCUGAAAGUCACCUCCCCAGAGGACACUGAACACAUAAACCCCAGGCAGGCGUCUCCAAAUGGGACGGUUUCUACAAGAGGAGAUGCCAAAGGCAACCGCACUGUCCCUCGAAGGCACACAUUAGGAGGGGCUCGCAGCUCCAGAGAGAUCCUGGCCAUGCAGCCAUCAGAUAUGGACAAGAAGAGGGAAGCCUUCCUGGAGCACCUGAAGCAAAAAUACCCCCACCAUGCCUCAGCAAUCAUGGGCCAUCAGGAGAGGCUGCGAGAGCAGUCUUUACAGGCCAUGCUUUCCUCUCUUCACUCUGAGCUUGACAUUCAGAUGUAUUUGAUGAAAAUCCAAUCACCCCACAAAAGCAGAAGUCCAAAACACGGCCCCAGCCCACAGCUCAGCGUCGGCGAUCAGGUCGACCAACUAUCUUUGGCCUCACUAGAGUCGUUGGACGCCAUGUCUGAGGGGGAAGCACCCACAGCCUUCACCCGCGGCAGCCGGGUUCGAGCCAGCCUGCCAGUGGUGCGAUCGACCAACCAGACAAAGGACCGCUCACUAGGUGUACUCUACCUGCAGUAUGGGGAUGAGACCAAACAGAUCCGCAUGCCCAAUGAGAUCACCAGCAUCGACACAAUCAGAGCUCUGUUUGUCAGUGCCUUCCCGCAGCAGCUCAACAUGAAGAUGUUAGAGUCGCCCAGCGUUGCCGUCUACGUCAAAGACGACAUGAGGAAUAUGUACUACGAACUGGCUGAUGUCAGAAACAUCACAGAUCACGCCUGCCUCAAGGUGUACCACAAGGAUCCGGCUCAGGCUUUCAGCCAUGGACCUCGGCCUGCCAACGGUGAUGCCAGGAUGCACACCGAGAUGGUACAUGCCUCCCGUGAUGGUCAGCACCCACUUAGACAUCCACCUAUGGGUCCUCCAUCACAGCAUCCCCUGCAGGGAGCACUCCCAUCUAGUCCGCACUCCAUGCCACCAUCUCCCUCCCGAAUCCCAUUUGGCCAACGACAGAACUCCGUUCCUGGGAACGCCACCAUUCCAAGGGACCGGAUGUCUAACGUCAAUCCUUCUGCUCGCUCCAUCUCUCCUUGUCCCAGCGCUAUAUUGGAAAGACGGGACGUAAAGCCAGAUCAAGACUUGGGCGGGAAAAGCCACACUCUAACCAGAGGGAAUGAGGGGUUGUAUGCAGAUCCAUAUCUGCUCCAAGAGGCGCGAAUAGGCAUGGUUGCAGGUCAUGGGCCACACUCCAACCCAGGACUUGAUGGUCCAGAACAUGGCAUGGGGGGAUUUCACCGUGCCUCCAUCCGCUCUACAAGCUCUUAUGGUGGGCCCAGUCCUACAGACACUAUGGAUCACCCUCCUCUGUACAGGCAGAAGUCCCGGAACAGCCAACUGCCUACUUUGGGUUCCAAGACUCCUCCUCCAUCCCCUCACAGGAUGACUGAGGUACGGAUGAUUGAUAUCCACAGCAUCCCCCCUCAUGGUGUUCCACCUCAUGCUGUUCCCCCUCAUGGUAUUGCCCUGGAGAGAGGCUCACCAGUGCGCCAGUCCAUCAGGAAGGAGGAAGUUGCAGGCACUAAGCCCAGAAACAGCAUGGGAUCUCCUGUGGCCCCAGAGCCUCAGGGUCACUCUCAAGGGCCCAGUCCGGCUCCAGGUGACCAGGAGACACGAGAGCGAAUGAAGUUUAUGGAGCAACAGAUUAACAGCUUGACUGGUCUUGUUCAUCAUGUACUUUUAAAGGCCCCAAACUCUGGUGGCAACAAGGAGUCUCAAAGUGAGAGAACACCAAAGACUCCAUCUCCAGCCCACAGUGCACCUAUUUCAGGUGGAUCUUCUAUUAUGGCUCCUAAACCCAAUUCAGCCCCACCAGACAAGAACUUAUCUCCACUGAAAGUGAAUCUCCUGCAGUUCAGGAAGAAUGUUUCUGACCUCAGGAUACAACUCCAUCAGACGAGACAGCUGCAGGUUCAGAACCAGGAGGUUUUACGGGUGCAGCUGAAGCGGGCAGAGCAGGAAAUUAGUAUUAAACUCACAGAGGCCAUGCAGCGGUUGGAAGACCCUGUCCAGAGGCAGAGAGCUCUUGUAGAGGAGGACAGACACAAAUACUUGGGUCUUGAGGAGCGCGUCCUCAUGCAGCUAAGCGAGCUGGAGCAAUAUGUAGGGUCUCUGCAAAAGGAUUCAGCAACAACAACCAGGGUGGUGACCUUAAGAGAUGUGGAGGAGGGAGCAGUGACUCUGAGGAAGGUGGGAGAGUCUCUGGCAGGCCUUAAAGGAGAGUUCCCAGCCCUGCAAACCAGAAUGCGAGCUGUGCUCAGAGUGGAAGUGGAGGCUGUUAAGUUUCUGAAGGAGGAGCCUCACAAACUCGACAGCAUGCUAAAACGGGUCAAGAGUCUGACCGACACUCUCAGCAGCCUGAGAAGAUAUUCAACUGAGGGUUCUCAGAAAGGGGUCGAUCCUUCUACUAGUGUCUCAGUGGGUAACAGCCACACAACAGCUGCAGAAGCCACUGCAGAAGGUCCCUCCACAUCAGUCCAGCUCGUCUCCUCCUUAGCUACACCAGAGCCACAGACCUCCACCGUCAGAUCCGAGGUGAUGCCCUCAUCCCCGGUGGUCAUCCAUCAUGUCCAGAGUUCUCCAGUUCACAUGCAGCAGUCCCAGCAAUCUGCAGCCCUUUCAGUUCAACCCAGUCCUCCCCUCAGCCCUAGCCCCACUCAGAAUCCCAGUCCUAACCUGAGUAAGCCUCAAGACCGGGAAUCUCCAAAAUUGGUCAUCUCAGAUCCACAGAGUCCUGCCAGGCUGAAGAAGAUUCAAGGGAAUGGCAAUGGCGCUCCUCACCAGGAUCUCGUAAUAGAGGAGCUCCAGAACACUAAGGAGAAAAGCAAAAACAGAGUUAUGUCCAUCGAGGCAGCUGAGAAGGAAUGGGAAGAGAAAAGGCAGAAUAUGGGUCACUAUGAUGGCAAAGAGUUUGAGAAGAUCCUUCAAGCGGCCCAGGCCAACAUGAUGAAGGGAAUUCCAAGCUUAGAGUUAGAAGAAAGCCAAAUACUGCCCUCUGCUGGUAUAGUAGAACAGGGAGACAUUCCCAGCCCGGUCGAGUCACCAUCAGAGGAGCCUCAAGUAGACAAACCUGCCAAGAAGGGGUCUGAUAAACGUCCGAAGACUUUAAUGGAGAAAUCUAUCAAGCUAGCGUCCUCAAAAACUGCCAUAAAGCCAGCAGGCAUUGACAGUUUGACCAAACAGGUGUCUGACAAAUCAAACAAGUCCCCACCACCGCCACCUCCAAGAAAACCCUUCUCCAACUCCAGCUCAGGCAUGACUACAACACGUUCUGGAGAGGUGGUCUACACAACUCGGAAAGAGAGCAUCUCAUCCCAGGAGGUUGAGGAGGAUGCUCCUCCUCCAUCUCCUCAGCCGAAGCCCACAAAGGUUCCUCCAGAGACCAAACCGAAACCCGUCACACCUCCUCCCAUCACUGCUUCUGGUAAUAGAGAAGAGGAAGAUGAUGGCGACAAGAUCAUGGCCGAGCUUCAGGUUUUCCAGAAGUGCACAGUUAAGGAUCUAGGGAUAAAAAAUUUGGUUGAGCCCACCAAUCGAAUUGAACCCCAAAUCAAAGAACUAAGACCAGGGAAUUUGUUGCCCCUCAAAGAGAAAAAGCAGAGCUCAGAGCCAAGUCGAGAAGAUAAAGAUCCAGACACAGAUGAAAAUGGAAAUACUACUACAAGACAGAGCCCAGGGGUCAUAUAUUACGUGACUGGCCAGAUUCCCAAAGAUCAACCACCUCCAUCAGGACUGGAAGACACCCCAGAACACAGGGAGCCCUCACAACCUCUAACACAGGUGUCAAAUGUCAAUGCUAAUGACAAUUCUCCAAGCCAGCAACAUCAGAUGCUGCCUAUAUCUCCACCACCAAAAUCACCUCCGUCUGUUACACCUCCACCGAUAUCACCUAAACCCACUGGACUCAAGGGAUUCAAACUCCCACGAAAGCAAGUUAAACGUGCUGAGUCCUUGAAGACUAGUGCAGAAGUACAAAAGGAAAAAAAGCUCAACAAAACAACCACUGAAAAGAAAACCAAACUGGCACCAGAGCAUGUUUCCUCAAUUAAAAAUACAAAGCCUGAGCAAAUGUUAACCACAACCAGCAGUCCUGUAAAAGAGCUACAUAGAGUUCCUCCACCUAGAAAGACUGCAAGCAACAAAUGUGAUUUACCUCAAGCUAAUUUUGAAGACAGUACUGAUGGAACCGGUCUUAGUCCUGACUUACCAGGGGAAGAAGCGCCCCCACCACCGGACAUUGCAUUUAUGAUCACCAACAAAAAGGUUCAGCCACUGUCUUGUAGCGAGUACCAAGAACUGGUCAGUGCCAAGAAAGGUAGUGUCCAGACAGUUACUGUUGGCAAUGCAUCAAACAGAGCCAACACUACAGUUGAUCCCAGUGUGCCACAGGAUAAUGGCUUUAACAAGAAGCCUGUCAUUAUCAUUUUUGAUGAGCCAAUGGAUAUCCGCUCAGCUUACAAGCGACUGUCCACCAUAUUUGAAUGCGAAGACGAACUGGAGAGAAUGCUUGCAGAAGAACGCAUCGAUGAAGAGAGUGAGGAGUCAGACACGGAGAGUAGCGGUGGGCUGCAGUUGAAAGCUGAAGGUGCAAAGUUGGUGGAUGGUGAAAAGAUCAUGUCCACACAGACUACUGUGGAGCACACAGGAUCGUCAUCCUCAUCCUCAUCUUCAAUAUCUGACCUAAUGGAUGGUGGAAUGAACACGGAGACAAAUGGAGAUGCCAAACAAGAUGGGAAGAAGAAGUUCAAGUUCAAGUUCCCCAAGAAACAGCUAGCAGCACUGACACAAGCAAUUCGCACAGGCACCAAGUCUGGAAAGAAGACCUUACAGGUGGUGGUGUAUGAAGACGAGGAAGAACCUGAUGGUACAGUCAGGAAACACAAGGAAGCAAAGAGAUUUGAGAUUGCUCGCUCAAAAUCCUUUGCAGAGACCAUCAAGGAAUCGGUGUCUAGCACACAGAAAGACCAGAACUCAGACACCCUGUGCAGAACCAAUGAGAUUCGGAAGAAUGCCUACAAGACUCUUGACAGUCUUGAGCAAACAAUCAAACAGCUGGAAACCACUAUUAAUGAAAUGGGACCACGCUCCACGGAAGAGCCAGUCAGCACUGAAGACACCAAGGCAAGAACUGGGAAAGACUCAGAUGUUCUCGGGUUAAAGAGGUCUUCCUCUCUCCCUACCUCUAAAGCGCAUGGGCCUAAAGUACCCGGCAAACGUUUGUUGCAAAAGAAGACAAAACCUCAGCUCCUUCCUCGCCCUGUUGUUGCCCCUUCUGCCACGAACAACACCACCGCUGUCCUCAGUGUGCCUACCACCGUACAACAGAACACCAGUGUUGCUUCCCCUACUAGUCGGAUGCCGGUCCCUUUGUCUGCGAAGUCCAGACAGUCGCCGGGUACAACUGACAAAGCUGGAAAACAGCAAAAACUGCAGGACGCUCAGAGGCAGUUUCGACAGGCUAAUGGAAGUGCUAAAAGAGUGGGAGGGGAUCAUAAAACUGCUUCCCCCACUGUACCCGUCUCUAAAAUCCCUGCUUUUUAUCUUAGCUCUGCUAAAGGCAGCCCCCAGUUUGCGCUAAACUCCGAUGCUACUAAUCCCAUUAACCUGUCUUCUUCCGCUCCUCCCUCUGCGACAAAGUCCUCCGUCCUGUCCUCUCACACCCCCCGUUCCGGUUCCCUACCCUCAUCCCAUAUCCCCUCACUGUCUAACGGAUCCCUCAAACUCCCCGCACCUUCACAACACACAGGUAAAGCUCUCUCAUUCUCCUCACAGACUCAGAACGGUCGAGUGCACUCCUCCUCCUCCUCCUCCUCCUCCGCUUCAUUCUCCUCCUUCUCCCCCUCCCCUCUGUCUCCCACACCGUUGGGCCCAGGUGGGAAGAGCAUCCGCACCAUACACACUCCCAGCUUCACCAGCUACAGAUCGCACAACGGCAGCAGCGGCAAAUCCUCCAUCCCAACAGCCACAGCAGCUAAGGACACAACUUAGCCACAUUGUCACCCCGUGUGCUUUAUAGCACAGCAGGUAGACCUGAAUAUAUUCCAUGUAAUAUACUUUCAGUUGUUUUUUUGUUUUUUUUCUUCUGUCAUUGGACUUUUUUUGUUAUUUGAAAGUAUUAUUAAAAUGAUGCACUCCCUCUGUUUAUAUUUUGACACUGGCAUUUGCGCACUGUUUGUUUCCUCUCAUUUUCUGUUCACUUGUUUGGACUUUUAGUGUACCGGAUGACCAACAUUAUACUUUUUUUUUUUAUGUAUCUUAGACAACAUUGUAGAUUGACUUUGCAGUUGAAGUGAAAGGUUUUAAUUGUGCUGAAAAUCUAUAUAUUUUUGCAGUAGUCAUAAACAGGGAAUAUAGAGUUAAUUUACAAUCACAAUAUCAUGUAAAUUCUUUUAAUUUUGAAAAAAAGAGAAAUUUAAUAACUAGUAUAUUUAAUCCUCUAUAUUUCUUAUGUUCAGGAUGAAAAGUAAAAGCCUUUAAUGAAUUUAUACAAAAUUUUAAGAUGAAACUCAUGAUUAACUUAGAUUUCCUAGAGUAUUUUUUUAUUUUUAACAAACAUGAACUGCCAGCUUCUUUUACAGAUUAUCAGCUGUACUCAUCAUUAAUGCAAGUUUUCAUUUUAUUGUGCCUAUUUGCCAAAGUAGCUGUAUACUGGCUCACUUCAUGCCUAACUACAAUCAUGUACUUUUGGAAAAUUUACACGCUCUCUUCUUGGUGUGACGGCCGACGUCAGUGGACAAAAGUUGUGUUAACAUGUAUUAUUGCUGUUCAUGUGAACUGUACUGAAAACCAAGCGCUAAAUUUGUUUCAACUACAUGUGCAUACCAGCAAAUGCUUUUACUAAGAAAAUAAGUAGUUGUCUUUUUUUUAACAUACCAAAGUUUAUUUGUAUGCAUGCCUUUGAAAUACUUUAGGAGAGUGAUGUAAAAGAGACAAAAAUAUGUUUGCACAGAUAGAUUUUGUAAAUAUUUUGGUUUUGUUUCUCUUUUUCUUGUAAAGCUUUAAAUCAUGAUAUAAAUGAACAAUGUGGUUAAAGGUGUGUUGGAGUAGCAAACGCAAAUAAAGACUUGCAUGCAUCAAG